CUGGCCCUCUGGAGGACUUGCCGUCUAUGUCCGGCGGCGCCGGGCGGCGGUGGGCUGGUCUGACGUGUGGCGUGAAAAGCCACGCGAGUGGGCUGCCAGGUGCGGCCUGUUGUGGGCUCGAGUGUUUUGGCGAUGGGGGCGUGGAAACUGUGGAGACUCAUGUCGAGGUUUAAUGCAUCCAAAAGGACUAAUAUCAUCCUGCAGCAUUUGAGAAUGUCUAUGCACACAGAUGCAGCAGCAGAAGUCCUACUGGAAAGAAAAGGUUGUGCAGGAGUGAUAACACUAAACAGACCAAAGUUCCUGAAUGCACUGAAUUUUAGUAUGAUUCAGCAGAUUUAUCCACAGCUAAAGAAAUGGGAACAAGAUCCAGAAACUUUCCUUAUCAUCAUAAAGGGAGCUGGUGAAAAGGCUUUCUGUGCUGGCGGUGAUAUCAAAGCAGUCUCAGAAGCUGCAAAGUUAAAUCUGAAGAUAACUCAAGAUUUCUUCAGAGAAGAAUAUGUGCUGAACAAUGCCAUUGGUUCUUGUCAGAAACCAUAUGUUGCGCUCAUUCAUGGAAUUACAAUGGGUGGGAUGAGGAGCCACGAAUAUGGAGGGCUGAUUAUACAUAUAUUUGACAAGGAAUCAUAUGAAGAAUGUAGAAAGAAUUGCUACCAAUCAAUAAGAAAAUCCAGUGGAAAAGGAGUUGGUCUCUCAGUUCAUGGACAAUUCCGAGUGGCUACCGAAAAGUCUGUUUUUGCAAUGCCAGAAACAGCAAUAGGGCUAUUCCCCGAUGUGGGUGGAGGUUAUUUCUUGACACGACUUCAAGGAAAACUUGGGUACUUCCUUGCAUUGACAGGAUUCAGGCUGAAAGGAAGAGAUGUGUACGCAGCAGGAAUUGCUACACACUUUGUAGAUUAUGAAAAGUUGGGCAUGUUAGAAGAAGAUUUGUUAGCCCUGAAGUCUCCUUCAAAAGAAAAUAUUGCAGAUGUCUUAGGAACUUACCAUGCAAAGUCCGAGAUUGAUCAAGACAAGCCUUUUGUACUUGAGGAACAUAUGGACAAAAUAAACAGUUGGUUCUCAGCCAACACUGUGGAACAGAUUAUUGAAAAUUUACAGCAAGACGGUUCAUCUUUUGCCCUAGAGCAGUUGAAGGCAAUUAAUAAAAUGUCUCCAACAUCCCUAAAGAUCACACUAAGGCAACUCAUGGAGGGGUCUUCAAAGACCUUGCAGGAAGUAUUAACUAUGGAAUAUCGGCUGAGUCAAGCUUGUAUGAGAGGCCAUGACUUUCAUGAAGGUGUUAGGGCAGUUUUAAUAGAUAAAGACCAGAAUCCGAAGUGGAAACCAGCUGAUCUAAAAGAAGUUACUGAUGAAGAUUUGAAUAAUCACUUCAAAUCUCUGGGAAGUAAUGAUUUGAAAUUUUGAAGUGACUGGAUUUUUAAAGUAUUAUUUUGGAGUAGAGGUUGGCAAACCAUGGCACAUGGGCCAAAGCCAACCUGCUGCCUGUUUUUUUAUAUAUCCCUCAGCUAAGAAUGGUUUCUGGCAUUUUUAAAUGGUUGGGGAAAGAAGUCAAAGACCAAUAUUGCGUGGCAUGUGAAAAUUACAUGGAAUUCAAAUAUAAAUAAAACUUUAUUGGAACAUGG